UAUAAUAAUGGUCACCCUACGAUCAUUAUUCAAAGCGUAGCGCUAGAAAAACGAUCUUGGUUUAAAAAUGUUGAAUACCCAAAUAAUUUUGGAACAGAUUCGAUACCAUCCCAUUGUGGCCACCAUAAGCAUUGCCGUCGGCACUGUCCUGGCAUCCGAAGUGAUAUGGAAUGUGGUCCAAUACUUUCGGAGCAAACGGAAGAAGGCAAACCGCGUGCACGAAGUGGUCGUCUUCAAUGAACUGGGCGAGAUCUGUGCGGCGCAGCACCUGUGGAACACCAGGCCCGGAUCUCAGGAGCCGAAAGUGACCCACUGCAGGAAUACGCAUUGUACGCUGCGGAACGUGGGCAAGAUCGCGGAACAGAUCGAUCGGGCUGUGUACUCCAUUGACCUGGCCAUCUACACCUUCACCUCGUUUUCUUUGGCAGACGCUCUAAAGCGGGCCCUGGAGCGCGACGUGAGUAUCCGGAUCAUCAGCGACGGAGAGAUGGUCUUCUCCAGUGGCUCUCAAAUCACCAUGCUGGCACGUUUGGGAGUUCCGGUCCGCGUGCCCAUUACCACGUACAUGAUGCACAACAAAUUCUGCAUAAUCGACGGAGUGGAGCGCGUGGAGGAGAUCCGUCUGCUUAGGAAGCGCAAGGGGAUGCGUCCGUGCUAUAGCAUCGUAGUCAGCGGCUCCGUCAACUGGACGCGUCAGGGACUCGGAGGCAAUUGGGAGAACUGCAUCAUCACCGCGGAUGACAAACUCACAGCCAUGUUUCAGACGGAAUUCAAUCGCAUGUGGAAGGCUUUUGAGAAGACAGACGAGAGCCUAAUUCAGCCCAAAUAGAGUUUUAAUGAAUAACAGCAGCUUUUUGCUAAACUGCAAAACAGUUCCUCAAUAUACCAAAUGAUUAUAGUUCUUAUUUAGUAAGUGCCGCUAUUAAACUAACGUUUUAGAGAAAUUAUGAUCUUCAUUAUAAACGUGUGAAAUCUGCAAUUAUCA